UGCAAGUCCAGAUCGCUGCGAGCCCAGAUCGACUGUUCCCGCGGCGCCCCCGUUGCCCUGCAAUCGCCCUCACGCCAUCCUCGAUUCCUAGCCAGGAUCGUUUACGACACCUCUUCGCCAACCCACCCGCAUCGAUGCUGCCGAUCAGAUACACCGCCCAGCGCGGGGCCCGCUCAUUCUACUCGUGGAACAUCCCGACCAACACACCUCGAGUUGCUCUCGACGACGGCAGUCUGCUGAUCCACCGUAAGGCGCCGACGCCGACUCCAGUCCAAGUCUUCCGCAGCGAGUCGCAGCUGCCUCCACUUGCCCGCCCCAACAAAGUCGAGCGUCCCCAUCGAGCGCUGACACCAGCAGAGGUGAGGGAGGCACAGACCCUGCGACACAACGACCCCGACAGCUGGUGCGUCGAGUACCUUGCCGAAAGGUACAAUACCUCGGCCGAGGAGAUCAUGGAGAAGGUCAAGGCCCCAAAGAUCCGCAAGGAGUUCCUCGUCGAGCGGGAGGUCGAGCAGUUCGAGCGCCUGGGCAUCUCCAAGAAGAAGGCUAUCAUCGAGCGCAUCCGGAGAAAGUCUCUGUGGUAGACCGUCCCUUCCCUCCCCCGACCGACUCGAUGGCGAUCUGUUCAUCGCUGAUCGCGACUCUGUCUGCAGGAUAGAGGAGAGGUUCUACUGUUGCGUCGCCUCGCGCUAAUCACAGCCCAUGCAAAAUGAAAGUGACGCCCUGCUUGAGUCAGGAUCGUCGCUUAUUUCCUGGUCCCGAAUACACACCCAUCCAUCGUCCGCCAUGA